AUGCAAAGAUCCUGGUUAGAGUAACCCCAAAGAACUUUGGACAUCAAUUUUGAUAUAAAAUCUAUUCGAAAUUAAGUUAAAGAUAGAUGUGUACCAGUCCUAUAAUAUUAAACUGACUCUGCUCAAAAAUCAUUCUACUCUUAUAGAAAAGAAAGUUUGCCCACAGUACCAUCAUUCGAAAACUUAUAAGCCAAAAUAAGGGAUUUCUCAUACACUAAACUCAAUCAGGCUUCAUCCUUUUAAUAAAAGAAUCAGAUUGCUGAUAAAUCAAUCACUUACUCACCUCAAAAGGCUGCAGGUCUAUAAAAGAAUUCCUUGGGGAGUAGGAACAAUUCUAAUUAUCAAAGUUCUCGACAAUAAUCACCAGCUUAUUAAAGCAGACCUAUUGAACUAAGUUAUAGGUCAUAAUAGAGAAGAAAUUUGAGUGAUAACUUGCAAUUGAACGAAAUUGUUUCUAUGAGGAAUAAGAUUGAAUCAUCCUAGGCCAGCAGAAGUCUAUUGGGAUCUAAUUAUGUGAGUGAAUUGGUCAAAUUAGCUUAGGCCAUAACUAAUGCACUGAAAUGA